CCACACACGCAGGGCUUUCCCUUCUUCUUCUUCUUUGCUUGUUGCUUGUUGCUUUGACGUUGUUAAGAUCAGAAGCCGGCUGUUCAGGCGCGUGAGUGAGUUGUGUGACACAUUGCACGGCACGAAUUGCAGACAGGACGGACAGCGCAUGCGCACGCACCACGUCCACACAUCACACAAUCAUCACACUUUCACGACCCGGGGCCUUUAUCUAACUUAUUCCCGUGUGCUCAGCAGCCAGCACCCAUAUCUUUCGAACUUCUUGCUGUGUCAAUAGUUGCAGCAAGCGCUCAGGCUUGCUCUAAGAGCCCAAACUUCUUUCUUCUCCCCGUUUCUGUAACUGUCGCCCCCCCCCCCUCUCUCUCUCUCUGCAAACGAAAUCGAGUGCGCUGCGGACGCCGCUCUCAAUCUCAGCCGUCUGGGAAGCGGCGCGCUGCCCUUGUCAGACCUCCACUCCCAUCAUGAAGUGGCUUCUCUCAUACCUGGGCUUUGACAAGCUGACCGCCAUCUUCAGAAAGCAUGUCGCCCGGUUUGCCGUUCACAAAAGCCUCGGAAAGUUCCUCAAGUACAAGGUACACUUGGAACAAAUCGAGACAACAAACUCAGAUACCUUCUCGCUCGUUGGAUUGGAACUGGAUCCAAAGUACCUGAACCAGCUCUUGUCCGAUGCCGGCAUCCAUGUUGUGUACGGCUACAUCGGCUCCGUGGAGGGAAUGAUCCCAUACAACAGCCUUUUGGAGGAAGGAUGCAGCAUCACGGUGAAUAACAUCGACCUUGUGCUGGCCCCACAGCCUGGCGCGCACAACCUGCCGGAGACAUCUGAGCUUGUGCAACGCAUGGAGGAUCGGUUCAACUCGUUCCAACAGGAGCUGGCGGCUGAGGUGGACAGCGCCGCGCAGGAGGAAGGCGUCGAUGUGCCCACCCCGCUCCCGCGCCAGUACUCCGAGGAUGGCUCAGAAGAGCGAGAGGAAGGUCUGGACGCCCUCACUUACUUGGUCAAGUCCAUCAUGUCACGCAUGACAGCAAAAGUCAUCAACCUCAGGAUUUAUAUGCUGGCGGAGCCACCCAGCGAAGAUGAGGAAGGCGAUGAGGAUGAGGAGCAAAACAGCAGCACGGAAGGAACGGCUCGCCAUGGCGGAGAUGGGGCAUCGAACGACGACGCAGCGAACAAGAAAACGCCGGCGCUCCUGCUUCAUGUGCAGUCCAUCACACUCAAAGACACGACCGAACACACCAGCGCACCCACCCGCGACAACGACCAGCUCAAGAUGGACGUUGCUGUAUCGCCCGAAACGCACAAGGAGAUUGUGAUUGGCGGAUUUGCGCUGCGGUAUGUGGAGGCAGAGGGCGGCAUCACGGAGUCGUUUCUCGAGAGCGAGGACGCGCUGGGGACUGUCGUCAUGCAGAGCUGCAGCAUCAACUCCCUGCAGCAGCACGACAUUGUCAACCUCCUCAUCCGCUCACAGCCGGGACCAGACCAAUGCAAGAUGGAAGUGAGUGGUGUGCUGCACGACAUUCGCGGCGUGUUUGACCCGUCUGUCCUGUCGCGUGUGUCUGCAAUCGCCACAGCGUUCUCUUCAUCGUCGUCGUCCUCUUCGCCCGCUACUGACAAUCCAGCCUCAGCAGAAGAAUUCGAAGGCGCAUCGUCUCGCAAACAAUCACGCCGAAAGGCCAUUCAGUGCCAGCUGCGUGUACGCCAGCUGUUGCUGUCAACGGCGUAUGCGCGAGAGGCCGACGUCCUUCACAGCGAAGCCACCGGCAUCCUGGCAGCGACGACGGCUGGGCUAACGGCAUCAGCAGAUGAUCUGCACCACUACAAGCACGCCAUGCCAGCGGAAUCACUUCUCACGUGGCUGCGGCAAAUUACCGUGGACGUGAGCAUUGGCGAUCCAACGCGCACAGAGACCCGCAUUGCAAUCAGGGACGCGGCUGCCGUGGAGUUUAGCCCAAACCAUCCCCACGACGAUGAGGGCACAGGUGGCAGCCCCACUGUCGCGAAUUCCAGCAACCAUGUCGUCGCAGAACAAGCAGCGGAUGCACAAAGCAAUGAAGCCGGCAGUGUUGACAGCGCUUCUCGAGAUGUUGGAGCCCCCCUGCCAAAUGGAUGGGCCACUGUGCUUUCGUUCCUUCCCCGCGUCACCUGCGAAUACGGACACGGUGAUGGUGAUGGUGAUGGUGACGCCGACGAUGGCGUCAACGGCUCCACCCUCGGCGAAAUGCACGCGUCUCAGGCAUCUGUCUCCACCGUCACAGCUUCAACAGCAACAGCAACAGCAACAACAACAACAGCGGCAAGAGUGAGAAGCGCGCAUCGCAGUGCGAGGUCAGAAGUGUCGGGCACGACGCUCUCUUCCAACACAGAGACGCUGUCUACUUCAAGCACGGGCCACGUGACGGCUGCCGUUGUGGGUGAUGGCCACGAUGACCAGGCAGCGGCUGCGCAGACGGCUGCAGAGCGCAUGGCGUCAUCACUCUUUGUGAGCCAGGACCCCGUGAUUGACAUUGUGAUAUCGAGUACCAAAGGCGCGCAGGGUGGCGCGGCAGAACGUUACGCCCAUGCAACCGCUUCUGAACAGCCCGCAUCGUCCACUGACAAAGGUUCAAGGACUUCCAAAAAGUCCAGGGGCUCACAGAAGGGUCACCGCGACGAGAGCAGCCUUCUGGCUGGGCGAGCAUUUGCCCCUCGUGUUGGUGGCACGACGACAGUGCCUGUUGCUGACGGCGCCAUGCACAUUACACUUGGGCGCACGCUGUGCACGGCAGAUGUCACCAUCAUAGAUCGCUUGCACUAUGUGCUGGACAGCCUUUCCUCGUCCUCCUCGUCCUCGUCUGCCAGGAGCGAGCAGUGUACUGCCGAUGCGCGCCAUGAUGACGAUGGCAGCGCGAGUGGAAAUGCGGGAAUAACCGACGCGGAGGGCAUGGAUGACGCGGGCGAUGAAGACCGCGAGAAGGAAAUGCGAGAUAGGGCAACCAGCCGACGUAACAACAAGGGCGCCGGCAUCAUCAUCCACGCCCCCGAGUUUCGGCUGUUGUUCCAGCCUGCAACGCCACAUAUCGUGAAGCGGCCCAAGCAGCCCACAGCACCGGGCGUCCCUCCGCCCGUGCCGUCGUAUCGGCAGGACGCUUUCGCCGUUACGCUCCGGGACAUGACGCUUGCGCUGCAGCCCUCGGCGCGCCUGUCCCUGCUUGAUUCCCUGGCAGCGGCGCGGGGUUGGGCGCGUGCGUAUGCGAACACGGACGCGUUCAUGGCGUCACGCGACGCUGCCCGCUACGCACAGACGCUUGUGGAGACGUGGGCGGCGCACGUGCUGUCCGCGCUGCGCAUUGACGUCGACUUCAACAAACUUGUGCUGUCACUUGCUGGCGGCUUUUCGGCGCGAGAAGCCGAUCUUCCUCUCGUGGUGAUGGAGUCGACAAUGCGCCCACCGCCGCCACAUCAACCAGCCACACCCGCAACGCCAGCACCAUCGGUAAAACCAACAACAACAGCAGCAACAACGCGGACAAAGGCAACAAGUGCGCCUAAACCCUCGCAGCAGCGCUGUCACUUGUCUGUUCGGGUGAAGAGCGAAGCCAAGGACGCGCCUGGCCUGACAGCGCAGCACGUGCUCAGUUUCAUCAGUCCGCUCAUGGCUGAGCUGCAGAAGUCGGCAAACCGGGAGAUGACGCAGCCGCAGACACCCGAGCGCAUGCGCGAUUUUGUUGCGUCGCUGUGGUGCCACUCGGAAUACGUUGUUGCGCUUGACAUCGGGCACGUGCAGGCGCACCUGCCCAAGGCGUCACUCGAUACCCUCUACCAGCUCAUCAUGGACUUUGUGGAGUGGACACCCUGGCAACCGCCACCCCCUGCCUCGUUUGCCGGUGGUGAUGGCUACGACAGCGCCAGUGCCUCCCACGCUGCUCGGAGCAGCAGUGCUAAUGACGGUGGCGCUGACGGUGGCGCUGACGCUGCUGACGAUACGUCUGUUGUGUCGCCCUCCGAGACGACCGGUGUGACGUCAUACGCCACACGCCUCGACACCGAGACCGUUGCCACGACGGCAACAACAGCCACCACGGCCACGACGGCGACAACAGCGACAACCACAACAGCAGCUGCGCCAGCAAUGGCGCGGGGCAAGCCGCAGCAAGGCCGGCGUCAGCGCUUGGUGCGGUGGGCGGACAUUGAUGGCAACCCCGGCAGCACAGGCGCAGCCCGGCCCAGCGGUGGCAGCGGUGGCAGCGGUGGCAGUGGUGGCAAAUCAAAGGCACUGCCAGGGCGGCGCGAUGGUGGUGCUGGCUACGCCACUCGUGGUGGGCAGUGGCUGAAGGCACUGCAGCACAUGGCGUGCGUGACACUGCGCGCGCAAUCUGGGCACGUGUGCAUGGUGGAGCGUGAGCCGCAUGCCCAGCCGCUCGCUGUUGGCCUGGCUGCGCAGCCCACGCGCUUUGAGCUGGCGUUUGGGGCCGCACAGCUGGUCGUUGCGCAGGGCCUGUACGGCACGACAAACCGCGACAUUGUGUUCAGCUGCGCACAGCCACGGCUGCUGCAGCGCGACUUCAGCCCUUCGCAGAUGCUGACACACGUGGAGCCGUCGGCGCAGCUGAGCCAGUUUGGGCAAUUCUUUGCCGAGAUGGAGCUUGCUGCGGAGAUGCGCAUGCAUGGCAUGGAUGACGCUGCCGCAAACACGGGGUCAGGGCAAGGUGCAGGCGCCAUGAACAUCCCAGAGCUGACGUUUGUGCUGGACAUGAAGAAGGCGGCCACGCGCACCACGACGCUGUGCCUGCAGCUGUGCAAUUCCCGGCUGCACUACCACAUUGACCCGUUUGGGCUGUGGCUGACGCGCGUCAUCAACCUGCUCGACUUCCCUGAUCCGCCCGACUGGCCCGCCUCGCCGCCCUCAACCUCUGGGCCCAGCAUGACCAGGCUGGCCGUCUCCUUCUUCAACACGGAUGUCAUGUACAACCCAAAGCACAUUGCGUGCGCCAUGCUGGCGGAGGUCGGACGCUUGUCCGUCACCUCCAACAUCGUCUCCAGCACGCCGUUCACCAUCAUCACCCUGGAUGUCGACGACCUCAACGUCCGCUUGAUUGACGACGUGGCACGCAUCCAGCAGCACCAGCACGCCAGCGGCGGUGCUGGCGGUGGUGGCACUGGCAAGCGGGCGCCGGCCCUCGACACGGGGUCACGUGACUGGUUUGCUUGCGGCUGGCGCCAGGUGCUGUCUUCCGCGUACACACAUGUCAACCUGCGCAUGUGCGAUGACAAGUCUGCGCCAAGCCUGGACGUGCUUGUCACCAACCGCGCAGGCGUGCUCUCCGUCUGCGCAGACUCGUUCAUCACCCUGAGGGAGCUUGUCGAGUAUGUGAUUGACGAUGGCGAUCUUCGUGACGCAGCCGUUCCCGUCAAGAAGGGCGACAAGGGUGCUGCUGCUGCUGGUGUUGCCGAUGAGCAUGAUCAGGGUGCGAGCCGGGGCCAAGCCGCCGCCACCGCCGCCUCCACGAAGCACGCGCAUCAGCGGCAUGACGAGCGAGCGGGUGAUGCCAUGGGGAUGGACGGGGACAGCGUUGCUUUUGCGGAUGCACUGGACACACUCAACACCGCACAUGCGUUUGACAGCCACGACAACUUCGAGCAUGCCACCGGCGCCGCCCACUACGAAGGCGAAGAUAACAACGACGAUGAUGAUGACGAUGACGAUGAUGAGUUCAAGACGGCUGUGACGGUGCUUGCGCCCGCGCCACUGCUGCGAGAGAGCCCCACCAGCACGGCAACGCGUGACGAUGGCGGCGAUGCUGGCACAGGCUUUGACGAUGUGGACAGACCGCACAGCUCGGCUGCGUUUUCCGUGUCAUCAGCCGAAGACACGGUCGAUGGUGGCCAGGAGCCGCGUCACAACCGGCGCCAACGCUCGGCCAUGCUCGAGCGCAUGAUUGACACUACAGUCGCGCAGUACGAAGCCGAGGAGCGGAAACGCCGUGGCCACGAUGGUGAUGACCAAGGUGGCGAUGAUGAUGACGACGAAGAUGGUGAAUAUAUUGGUGAGUCAAGCUAUGGCAGUGGGGAUGAAAACGACGGUGAUCAGCUCGACAGUGACGCUGUGUCGCGUCGGCCACGUGCACGCCGGGCAAAGGACCUGCUGGGACAGCCGCUGGUGGCGGGCGGACAGAUGACGACGUCGUACUGGGAAGGGGCGAGGGAGGAGGCCAUGAUGGAGAGUGUGAUGGAGCCCGCGCGCACGGAUGGAGGCGGUGACGGUCGCCACUCUGCGAGUCGCGUCGGGCAGGCAGGCAGUGGAGCGGCAGGGCUUGGAGGUGAGUUGAGUUUCCACGAAGAUCAUUUUUCGAGCGCCAGCGGCCGCGGUGGGCAGCCGGCCCGCUUCCAGACCGUUGCCACGUUUACUCCGCCGCAACCACAGAAGCCAGACGAGGCGGGGCAGGGGAAGGACAGGGCAUCGCCGCGUGCGUCGAGCAAAUCACCGGCAGGUGACACAAGCACGACACAGACGGCAAGGGAUGGCGGGUUCUUGGGUUCGCUGACAGGGAUGGUCCCCUCCAUGCCCUGGGCAUCGGCGCCAUACGGCGCGCCAUCGCAACAAGACCACCACCGCCACCAGCAGCAGCAGGAAGACAGGCCAUCAGCGCGGAAAGUGGAUGGAGAGCGACCGGUGGUGAGUGGGCGGACGUCUGUCACCGCCGCCACCAGCAGCUCAGGGGAGGGCGAGCAGGAGCUACGCAUGUCCGUGGUCGAAGACAACGUGCUGUUGCAAAGCGUGCUGUCACAGGAGAUGCUCGAGCAAGAACUGCAGGCGUCGCUGCAAGAGUGGGACGUUGGCGCCGAGAGCGACAGCAGCGAAGAGCGGCUGGCCAUGCCCGAGUACAUGCAAGAGCAAUUCCUGAAGAGAAGCGGGGACGCAGAGGACCUGGAGCACCUCAUGCACGGCUGGGGCUCCGAUGGUGACAGGAAUGAGGAUGAUGACGACGCCGCGGAUCAGCAUGCACGUGAGUCAACAUAUGAGGCAUCCACUGGAGGAGCGUCAAAUGGUGCGUCGAAUGGUGCAGGGACACCAGCACCAGCAACAGAAGCAGCAGCGGAGGCGGGACGAACGAGAACACCUCCCGUGACGCACCGGCCCACAAAGCGCCUGUCAAAGUCGAUGCUGCAGAACGAGGAGAUUGUGAUUGUGCACGACCACUUCCGGCCAUCGGCGGCAGAUGACGCAGACACGCGCGCGUAUGAGUUCCUGCCCAUGCCGAAGCAGCGGAUUGUGCUUCGACGCAUGGACAUUGCUGUGAGGUUCCACGAAGGGCGCGAUUGGGGCUGGGUUGCCUCCGGUUCCAAUGCUCCAGCAGCAACAGCAACAACAGCAGCAGCGACAGCGACAGCAACAGCGCCAGCGACAGCAUCAAGGCGUGGUGUUGAUGAGGAGGAGCGCGGGAGAUCGGCAAGCAGCGCCAGCGUGCGCAGCAGGGAGAGCAGCCACCACGAGAGCGAGCAGGCCAUGCGCCUGGGCCCACGCAAGGAUGACGCGUUUGUUGAGUUCCGUGCAGAGGGCAUGUCGUUUGUGCAGGAGCAGUAUGCCGCGGGCCAGCCGUAUGCCUCGCGCAUGGUGGUGGCGGUGCGGCAACUCGACGUGCUGGAUCGCAUCCCGGCGUCGUUUGUGCACAUGAUGGUGACGCACUUUGCCUGCAAGGAGGUGCCACGCGAGAGCAACAGCAACAUGUUUCGGCUGGAGAUGAUGACCAUCCGCACACCCGGGCUUGCGCGUGAGGACGGGGUGGACACGGCUGUCACGUCGGAGGCAAUGAUGACGGUGGACCUGCUGCCGCUGCGGGUCAAUAUUGACCAGGACACACUCAACUUCCUGGCCUCGUUCGUGACGUACGAGCCUCCCACGGAACGGAUUGACGAGAACUGGGAGCUCAUCUCCCGGCCCGUGUCGCCAACAGCGAAGAAGGCGGCGGCGGAACAGCAGGACAUGAGCGAAUCUGUGGAGACGCUGCGGCCACGACCAGACAGCCCUGGCACGCAUCACGGUGGCAGUCGUGACGGGCGUGGUGGCGAUGGUGACGAUCGGAGUCAUGCCACCAGCAGCCGCCGGCAUCACCAUCACCAUCGCCAUCGCCGCGGCCACGGCCGCAAGAGCAGCAUUGGCGACCUUGAAGAUGUGGCGGAGGAUGUGACUGCUGCGACGCACGACACCGCAAGCGGACCCUUCCAUGAUGGAUCAUCAUCAUCAUCAUCAUUCCGCUUCCCAGCUGCUCAUGGCGAUGGUGAUCAUGAUGUUGAUGGUGAUCAUGAUGGCCACUUCGAUGACGCCUUUGCGGCGGGCGGGUUGCCACGAACAACAUCGUCGUCCUCUGGCUCCUCUUCCUCGUCGGCUGGUGCGUCGAGCGGUGUGUACUUCAAGCUUGUGCAGGUGUCGCCAAUUGUGCUGGUGAUGGACUACGAGCCCAAGCGCUUCAACGCGCCCAGUUUCGUUGCAGGCAACCUGCGGGAGCUUGCUGGCCUCGUCUGGCUGAGCAAUGCCAAGCUUGCGUUCACCCCCGUGACGAUUCGCGGUGUGCACGGCUGGGACGUCCUUGCAACGCAGCUCAUUGACGCGUGGAUGAAAUGCGUGGCAACGGCGCCGCAAGCGUGGAAUCUGGUGCUUGCUGGCCUACCUGGCGGGUCGAGUGCGCAGGAAGUGGUGCGGGCUGGCGUGGGCAUGUUCCAGCAGCCCGUCACCCAGUACCCGUAUGUCCUGCGCGGCUUCCGCGAGGGCAUGAAGCUUGGCCUGCGCACAACCGCCGUGGAGACGUGCAAUGUGGCCACGGCGCUCGUGUUUGCCUUCCAGACGGCGGUCGAAGUUGCGCACGGCAUGACCAGUGCCGAUGACGGUGAUGUGGGUGAGAGCCCACGCAUGCGGCGGUCCAAGUUUGCAUCGCAGCCCUCUGGUCUCAAGCACGGCCUCUCUAUGGCAUACGACGCGCUCUCCUCGGGCGUCACAGAGGCAUACUACGACCUUUUCGUUCGCCCACGUGAGCACGCACGCCGUCGCGGCACAAGCGCGCUGCUCCGUGCCAUCGGUUCUGUGCCUGGUGCUGGUCUUCGCCCCGUGAUUGCGCUCUGCCAAGCAACCGCGCUCACGCUGCAGGGAAUCCGUAACGGCCUGAGCCCCGAGCGCAUGCAGGACCUGCAGAACAAGUACAAGUCUUGAAACCACCAGCGUUACAGCAGCCACGCCAGCCAUUGAAGCCCAUCAUUUAUCUCAUCUAUCGCAUCGACUCGUCCAUUUGAUCUCAUCAACUUUGUAUCGUGUUGGUUCCUCCACACCACCAACUUAAUCCGCUCAUUAUUUCAAUGGAGGACAGCAAGCACAUGGUAAGUUACAGGCUUUCAAAUAUGUUCCUAUACUUCCGGGGGUUUUUUCCGCCAAUUGGCUAUGAAGUGUCAAAGUCACACACGACGACGAAUAUGCCAUCCUGAAUUCUGGAUGGACGGGCCAUGCUGAACUCUGAACUAAGACAUGUAUGUAGCCUGGCACAUGACCAACCCAUCCUAUGAACGCGUCCUUUGCCUACAUUUGACCUACUUGACCAGACAUUCACGGACGAAUGACCGUUUACAGCACAGACGCAGCUGUUGAUUUGACGUUAUGUUACAGCUGCCGUCUGAAAAGAACACAUUGAAAUGAAAUGCAGAUGUAUUCCUGAUAUUCACACUGUUUGCUUCCGCUUGGUUUGUGAACAUCCAUUAAACAUGACUCAAGUACAA